AUGGUCGGAACGGCUGCGCCCUCGAAGCCCCCGCCGGCCGCUGAGGACGACGCGGGGUACGAGGAAUGCCCUACGAAAGAUGUGAUACUUGUGCCACCCCGCACCGCGGAUGGGAGGUGGGAACUCAUCCACCCUGUCACGCUCGAGCAGCAAUUCCUCCCGCAGCCAGUGGAACAUUGGCAACUAGAUGUUGAUGACGACGGUUGGGCUUGCCUGUCUGACGUCGGGUCCGACGAGACGAUUUUGCCAGAGGUCGUGCUUAAGCGGUGUUUGGAGGUCGACAAGCACGGGGAGCGUUUCUAUUCUGAGGUGCGGAAGGGAAAGACGGUCAGGUUCAGCUUGUAUGAUUUGCAACAAAAGUACAGGACGCUCACAGUGACCGUUGGGAUCGGGGCGAUCCGCGCUGCGGUGAGUCUGCAAACUUUCUACCUCCCGUGGCCUUUGCCUGGGAACCUCCAUUUCGCUUGGAACGCCCAUAACGUGUACACGGUGCUGCAAUUGACGAGCUACAAGAAACAACCAUCCAAAUGGGCUUUCCAGAGCAGCGGCACAUGGCGCCGCCAUUGCAGCGAAUUCGGGUUGAGCCGACAAAUUCUUCACAGCAGCCACAGUGGAGAGGGCGAGGAUCGCACCGUGGACGCUGAUUAUUUUUUGCCUGCGACGUGCUUGAGCACGUUUGGGCUUCUGCAGUGUUUGGCGAGGUGGACUCAGAAACCUCCGCAACACGGCGGUCUGCAUGCGAGGAGGGAUGCAGUGGAAGAAUUGCUCAGGGGCCUCCUCGCGGACACCGUGGAGCACCCAAAAGUUUGCAAAGCUCUCGACGUGCACUUCUCGGAUGACUUCCGCUGGACGUGGCCGGAGCCGCGUCCGCAGGCCCACGUGGCGCUGUCGGUGCUCGACGGCAAGGUGGAUCUGCGCGCGUGGCGGGACCACAGGGACCUAGAGACGUCUUCUGGCAUCAUGUCCCGGGCAGAGGGGGCCGAAUCACUGUCCAAACCAUCCGCUCGCGACGUGCCGUCCCAGGGGGCGGGGCGCCUUCAGGGAGCGGCCCGUCCGCCUGUGCCGGCCCCUCGCUUGGAGGUGGAUUGGGAUUUGGUCUUGCUCCGCCAGUGUCAGGCAUGGUGGGGCCUUCUGCGCUUGGAUGACACUUCAGAGACGAUCCUGCUUCGGGACCUUUUCUGCCUGUCGAUGAGGUACUGCACUGAGAGAACCGGUGGUCCGCUCUUCGUUCAGAUCGCAGUACAAUUGGCGCAUUGCAUUGAGAAGGACAUAUACCUGGCCGCCAACUACAAGAGCUCCGGAAGCCAGGUCAGCGCAAAGUUCGACAGUUUGUUGGACUUGAUGGACGCACCGGACUCGCUCAACUGCGCCCUCUUGCGGCACGUCCUGGGGGGCGUUACCAUGUCCGAGCAGUUCACGUCCAUCUCCGUCGUUACCGACAAGGGCAACGCUUGCGGCUUGACUCUGGAUGCCGGGGGCAUCUUCUUCCCGAACAACACGUGCGCCAUCGCAGUGCCUCAGGUGGCCAAGGCGUUCCGGACCCCAGAGGAGGUGGAGCAUUUCACGAAGUCUUCCGCAGCCCGGCGGAUGAAUCUACGUCAUUUGCAUUGGCUGCGCCGUAAUGCUUCGACGGCAAAGGACAAGGGGUGGCGCCCCAGGCCUCGCUACCGCGUGUCCACGCGGAAAUGGAUCGAGUCGAAGGACAACAUCAUCGCCGUGGGGACGCGUUGGACCGGCCUGGCUGACUUUCAGAGGGCAGUAGGUAAGGGGCCCUGGCGCCCAGAGGGGUGGAGAGACCGCCCUCACCUCAACAUGGCCCAGGACCGCGGCGGCGACGGGGCGAGCGCCGUCCAGUGCUUGGCCUACAAGUUAGGGAUUAACGUCACGGAGUGGUGGGACGAGGACCACGACGUGAACAAUGACAUAAUGAAUGCGUACAAAGCCACUGGGUUGUUCCCGCUCGUUCUCACCUGGCUCUGCAGGCAGAACCUCAUGCACGGCCCCGAGAAAGACAAGGACAUGCGUUUCAACCAAUUCACGGAAAUGUCGUCGAUGGUGUUCAAGGUCUUCACGCACGAUUCUUGCGCCAGCUUCCGGGAGCACUCCAGUGGAAUCCUGUCGGAGUUGAAGGGGGAGUUCGAGCCAUCCACCCCCGCCACAGCGGAGAAAGAGCUCUGGGCGCACUUGAGGGAGCGGGAGCAUGGCGCGACGCAGGGCCGUCGCGUUUCUUUGUGUCGUUUCGGGGCGUGGGUCAAGGCGAACGUGGGACUGUUGAAGGACCACGCGGGACGACGAAUGAGGGCCCUA